GUAUUGGGCAGUUCCACCGUGAAUCGUCGAUCGAUAUAGACGUGCUUUUCUAGCUGCUCCCGGAAUUGUGGUGCGCUCGAAGAUUGUGCAGAUUAGUGUCGAAAAAAAAUAAAACAUACAACGAAAUUACAGAAAAGAAAAAAACGAGGAAACACACGUUAGGUGGAUCGAGAUCCAGUAACGGUCAAACUGCGAUCAACGAGCAGAAUAGUAAAGAAAGUGACACAAAAUUGUGCUAUGGUUAGAUGCUGAAUCCAUCAGCAGUUGAAAUUUGAUAUAGAAUGUGCAAUAACAGUGUUUCACGGUAGUAGGUUUUCUCCAGGCCCAGUGAGUUCGUAGCGAGAAACUGUUAAUUACGGAAGAAACUACCGAGUGAGUGAUUCUGGUCAAAGCGAACAGAAGCGUGCUCCCAGAAAAAUGAAGUACCUGUGCCGGGAUGGAUUGACCCAAGCGCUGCUCGUACUGGUGGUGCCGGUCAUCCUGGCCGUGGCCGUCGACGGUAAAUUGGUAGCUCGCGGCAAGUACGAAAUGAUGGCCGCUUCAAACAAAAACACCGAUGAGCGCAGCAUAGCGGACAACGUGAAGACGAUGUUCGGGGUCGGAAAGAGUAGAGCACCGGCUCACGAUACGCCUUCAAGUGCCUGCAGCUGUCGCUGCGGGGAACGGAACGACGCGUCCCGUAUUGUCGGUGGGCAGCCAACCGGUAUCAACGAGUUCCCCUGGAUGGCGCGGUUAAGCUACUUCAACCGGUUCUACUGUGGCGGCAUGCUGAUCAACGAUCGUUACGUCCUAACGGCGGCCCAUUGUGUAAAAGGUUUCAUGUGGUUCCUGAUUAAGGUCACCUUCGGCGAGCACAACCGGUGCGACGAUUCGGUGCGGCCGGAAACCCGCUUCGUACUGCGAGCAAUCGCUCAGAAAUUCAGCUUUCUCAACUUCGACAACGACAUCGCGCUGCUGCGGCUUAACGAUCGCGUCCCGAUAACCGAUUUCAUCCGGCCAAUUUGCCUGCCAACUGAUCCAGAGCAAACCUACGUGGGUCGGAACGCUACCAUAACAGGGUGGGGUACCCUGAAGGAGGACGGCAAACCGUCGUGCAUCCUGCAGGAAGCGGACGUCCCGGUUAUUUCCAACGACGUGUGCAGCAGCGAAACCAACUACACCUCGUCGAUGAUUACCGCUAACAUGAUGUGCGCCGGUUACCUCGGUGUCGGAGGUCGGGACUCCUGCCAGGGCGAUUCCGGUGGUCCACUGGUAGCGGAACGGCCGGACAAAAGGUACGAACUGAUCGGAGUGGUCUCGUGGGGCAACGGCUGUGCGCGACCCUACUAUCCGGGUGUUUACACCAGAGUGACCCAGUACCUGGUUUGGAUAAAAGAAAACUCCAAAGAUGGCUGUUUUUGCAAUGAAUGAGGUAACAAAAAAAAAGUAGUAUGCAGAAGAGUGCGAUUCUACGGCAAACAGGCAAAUUGACUACUCGCCUAUUCCAACAUUUCCAAAUUGCUAGGUCUAGUUUGGAUACGUAGACAGUAAAUGAUGAGUACAACUGUGGAACUUUAUUAGUCUCCGUCUGGCGUAAACCGCUGCUUCCUGAAGACGCCGCUAACUGAAACCGAUAUUACGACUUGAAAAAGCAAAAGAAACAAGCGAGAGAAAAAAUGUGAGAAACAUAAAAAGACUAAACAACAGUGCUAGAUUUAAGCAAUAAGUAACCGAAUUAAUUUAUAGAACCAAUGGGUAACCGAAUAAAAAAUACUCAAACUUGUA